AAGACAAAUCAUCACCUUUUAAAUGAAUAUGUUGAACUUGUUAGCAACAUUAUAAUUCUUUUAGAGUCAUGUUUCUGUGCACAAGAUGAAUUUAAGUCACUCUCUUUUAGCUCUGUAACAACCCCAGAGGGAAAUAUCUGGUUCUUUAGCCUCUAACUGUGUCUGUCUGCUGAGCAGGUUUUGUAUGUUGGCUUUUAGAGACUUUUCAAUGAAAACAGCUGCAUCCAUGUCUCAUAACUAGGGGGUUGUGCUUGGUGUUAAAAACCAGCGUGUAACAGUAGCUUGGUAGAUUGGAGUCAUAAAGUCAGUAAACUGAUCUGAAUACAGUCCAUAUCUACAGUUUGCUACAACUGGUCAUUCCAGACCACAUAGCUGCAAGAGGCAUGUCUUAACGAAAAGGGAACCGCUCUCACUGAAUUCAUGCUUCUCUGAGAGUCCGUGUGAAUUCGUGACAGCUGGAUUAAUUUCACCACCUGCACUGUCAUUUAUCAAAAUGGCACAUUUCUACUCUCUGGCUGUCCUGGCCUUCGCUGGAGGCUGGUGCCUGUGUGCAGCUGAUGUCGGGGAUUUCGCUCCAUGCCUGCAGGUCUUCUAUAAGUCUUGGCCCCCUAAAGGACUGACGGGGACCCCGAUCUGCCAACGGUAUUACAACCAGUACCGAUUUGCCACAUUGUACAGUCGACCUCGCCGCUCCCCGUGGUUCUCAGCCUAUUUGUACACAGUUCCAGCAGGAAAGAGACCCACUUCAUCUUGGAAGUUUGAGCCACAGUUAGCCUACCCAGGAGCUGAUGGCAACAUGAUCCCCUUCCCUCCGGGCCCUCUGGACCAGAACGUGGUGGACAGCCAGGCGGUGGAGCUGGACUACAUUAAUUCCACUUAUUCUCGUGGCCACCUGAACCCCAGCCUUCACCACCAGAGCCAUGAGGACCGCGCCGCCACCUUCACCCUCACUAAUGUGGUCCCUCAGAAGGCCGGCUCCAAUGACGGGCCCUGGGAAUUCCUGGAGCAGACUGUCAACAAAACCUUAGCGGCCUACUGUCUGGGAGAGGCUCACACCGUGACCGGGAUCAUCCCUUACCAGAGCGACGAUCACUGGCUCAAGAAUCAUCGCGUGGCUGUGCCUGAGUACAUGUGGUCCGCCUACUGCUGCCCAAACUACAACCACAGUCUUCCAGAAAAUCUGAGGGCUGCAUUUCCCACAUACGCUGCCAUUGGUCGCAAUGACCGCAACAGCACUGAGGAUAUUGUGCCUGUUGAUAAGACAGCUAAGAAACAGUUCCGGGGAUAUGACGUCAGACAAAUGCCACUGGAAACACUUGAGAUGUAUCUGAAGGACAGGUUCAAUACGGUUGUCAGUGUUUUUUAUGAGCAGUGCUCUGGAUCAGACUGAUCCUGCACAGAUGGAGACACAAAUACACACAGAUAUACUUUAUUUGUAUCUUUGAAAACUCAUACAAAUGAGUCAUAUGAUCUCCCACCGCUAAGGUUUGGUUAGGGUUAGAUGCAAAAACUACUUGGUAAAGAUUGUGUUAACAUAGUUAAAAGAAAACAACACUGACUUCAAAGGACUGUAGUUGUUUCUCUAAAAGAAAUUUAGGAAAAAUGCAGAAAGUAAAAGAAUCACCUAAUGUCUUCAUCUUUUAUUUAAUUGACCUUUAAUGAACUGACAAAACUGCUGCAAGAUUUUUUACUGGUGUGCUGCCUUUUUUCUGUAUUUGUGCAUGUGAACAGUGGACAGCUCUUUGCUCUUUCCAGCUUUACUCCUGACAGAAAACAGGCGUACUUGUCCUGUCACAUAAAUAAGCUUAUUUAUUUUCUUGCAAAGAGUUAAAUGAGAAGAUUGAUGCUCUUUUUCAUAUCUGUCUGUUAAAUAUAAAGGCGGAGCCAGCAGAAGGUUAGCUUAGCUUAGCAUAAAGACUGGAAACUAGCAGCUAGCCUGGCUCUGUCCAAAUGUCAAAAGAAAACAAUCUACCUACAAACAUCUGAAAAGCUCACUGAUUAAUAUGUCUUAUCUUGUUUGUUUAAAAAAUGUACUUACUAAAUAACUGAAUUGAUGAUGCUAGUGUAGACACUGGUUUAAGUAUAUAAACAGAAUACUCAGGAUACUGGAUAUAUGUUGUACUUUUGACCACUAGGUGGUGACAUUUACAUGCCAACUUCUGUUGUAGCUGGAGGGAAGUUUCAUCUUUUGGUAAGUAAUAUAAAGAAACACCAGACCUCAUUUUCUUGGAAAUCAAUUUGUCUUUUAUCUUAUUAUUUACUAAAUAAUGUCAAUGAUUGAUGUCAUUUUGUUUUAUAAUCUAUUUGUAUCAUGUUAAUUUCUGUAAGGCGCUGCUGGUGGAGGCUUUCUGAACAUGUAUCUUAUAAGUAGAAAUUAUAUUUGUGCUUUAAAUCAAGAACAAAAUAUAAGCUGAUAAAUUGCAAAGACUCAUGACUUUUUUGCAGACGGUACAGUAGCACAGGUGUCCAAAGCGCUAAACAUAAUAUGCAACACUACACACUGGUCGGAAAUGAAAGCACUCUUUGCUGUGCUCAUGGAUUCCUACAGCCAGACAGUUCUUGCUAACGUUAUGGUCAAAGGGCAUGGAGAACAUUAUAGCCAUUGUCUCUGUAGCACAGUUGUUUUGCCUCUCUAACGCUUUGGCGCUGAACCUGGUGAGGUUGCACACCUUUGUUUUCAUUGGGUGGGCUGUAGCAGUUGCCAAGCCCCAAGAAAACUCUUUUUUGUGAGGCAAAACAAUAAAGAAAAGAAGCAAAAUAAAGGCUAAACUACAUAAUGAAUGGGUCCACUUUAUUUUAAUGUGCACUCUUUUUUACAACAUACUCAACAAUGUAAUCUUGUCUUCUAAGUCUUGCACUUACUUUGGGUCAUCUAGGCAGGAGUUAUUGGUGAUGUUGGUGAUCUCAAUGGUGACAUUUAUUUAGCUCUUGAUGAUAGCUUCUUCUGCUGAUUCACUCAUGUUGUUGCUCAUAAAGGCUGCGACAGCACGGGAGGUGUGUUACAAUGCAGUUUCAUAUAUACUGUAUAUACUGCUGUUAAUAGCAGUGCUUCAUCCUUCUCCAUCACAAUUCACUAAAUUUACCUCCAAUACAGCACAGGACACCUGCUUACCUGUUGGGAUCACAGGUGUGUUGGUCAUCAUUUUACUGCAAAGUGAGUUAUGUUUUAUGCUAUGUCUACUGACGAGAUGUAAAACUUUUAAUUUUGUUACCUGCUGUUACUGCAAACAUCUGUGAUCAUGUGUGAUGAUAUAAAUUAAAGAUGAUUAAAAAAGGGA